AUGACUCAAGAUUCAGGAAAGAAGAUCGCUGCCGGUCCCAAACCUAUCAAGAACUCACAUGGAGUCGAAUUUCUUGGUUUGAAGACUGCAUCUUCUACUCCCUCUAGGGUUACUCGUUCUUCUGCAAAAAUUGUUUCUCCAGAAUCGUCUGGACCAGCUAAGAGGACAAGGAGUAUGAGGAUCAAGCAUGUUAUCAAGCGAAGCACAGGGAAAGCUUCAAGUGUUCAGGACAUCUCAGAAGAUUCCAUUCCUGAUCCACCGGUUGAUGAUAAUCAAGAAAGCGAUGUCGUCGAUGCUGAAGCAGAUCAAGAUGAUCGUGAUUCCGAACCGAACUCUGAGGCAAACCCUAGUGAACCUGAUGCUGAGAAGGAAGAUGAUACUGAUGGUUCUAGUCAAGAAUCUUCAAGUAAGAAGACUCCCUCUGUUGAAAUUCCCCAUGAGAAGACCCCUGAACCCUUGUCCAAGAAGGGUAAGAAACAAGUGUAUGUUGCCUCUGAAGAAGAAGACUCUGAUGAUCAAGAAGUGCACAAGAAAGUCACUACCUCUGCUAGUCAGAAGGCCACAGUUUCUACAAGCAAGAAUGUUGCAGGUUUUAAAGAAAAGAAGAAAAAGGUCUCAGUUCCUGAGAAGAAGACAAAGAAGGACAAGAAAGAUGAGAAGAUUGCUGCAUCCACUAGAAGGAAGAGGAAACAUGUUGCUGAAACUGACUCUGAGCCAAAUGUCGAGCCAGAUGUUCCUGACAUCACCACUACGGCCAAGAAAAGGAUCAAGGGAAAGAGAAUUCCUUUGAAUGUUCCUGAGGCACCAAUUGACAAUGUAUCCUUCCACUUUGCCAGUUAUGCACAAAGUUGGAAGUUUGUUGUUCAGAAAAGGUUAGCCAUAAAAAGGGAGCUUCAUGCAGAUGCCUUGGAACUCAAAGAGAUCAUGGAACUGUUGGUUCAUGCAGGUUUGAUGAAGACAGUCAAGGACAUUGGCAGAUGUUUCUCUCAAUUGGUUAGGGAAUUCAUUGUGAAUAUCCCUACUGAAGAUGAAAUUCUGGAAAGUGUAGCCCUGAGUUCAGGAAGGUCUAUGUCAGAGGAAAGUGUGUUAAUUUCUCUCCUGAAGUUGUUAAUGAGUUUUUGGGAAGAAGUCCGGUUGCUGGAACUGGUGAAGAACCUUAUUUAA